GACCCUAUAACUCCUCUCUCAGAGAUAGAGAGAGAGAGAGAGAGAGAGAGAGAGAGAGCAUGAAGAACAGCAACAGCAGCAGUGAAGAGGAGCAGAGGAAGGAGAGCAGCCCAAAUCUCGACUGGAGAUUCAACCAAACUCUCAGAAAUGUUCAAGGUUUGCUUAAAGGUCGCAGCUUCCCUGGGAAGGUUUUGCUAACUCGAAGAGCAGAGCCUUUGAAUGAACCCUUUUCACCCAUAUCCCCCUCAGAUAUUGAAAGGAGUCACUAUGAGAAUGAUCUCGGACCAAGUGAACGUAUGGACAGUUCUUCUGAGGGAGAAGUUCAAAGUACUGGUGACAUGGCGAACAAUUCAAAUGGUAAUAAGUUAAAGAUACCGAUUACAAAAAGCGAGAAUGCAUCUGGACAUCUGCAGAAGUCCUUGUCAGGGGCUAGAUCUACAGAUUCUGCAAGGAUUGCAAAGUUCACAAAAGAACUGUCUGGGCCAACUGUCAUAUUGGAGAAAUUGCGGGAGUUAGCUUGGAGCGGUAUACCACCAUAUAUGCGACCAAAUGUAUGGAGGCUUCUAUUGGGAUAUGCACCGCCUAAUUCAGAUAGAAGGGAGGGGGUUCUGAGGAGAAAGCGGCUUGAGUAUGUCGAAUGUGUUUCUCAAUAUUAUGAUAUUCCUGAUACGGAACGUUCAGAUGAUGAGAUCAACAUGCUCCGCCAGAUUGCUGUUGAUUGUCCACGGACUGUACCUGAUGUCACUUUCUUUCAGCAAGUAGAAGUUCAGAAAUCCUUGGAACGCAUCCUCUACACAUGGGCCAUUCGUCAUCCAGCGAGUGGAUAUGUUCAGGGAAUAAAUGAUCUUGUCACACCGUUUUUUAUUGUUUUCUUGUCGGAACACCUAGAAGGCAACAUGGAGAAUUGGUCCCUUAAAGAGCUCGCUCCACUGAUAGUCUCCAAUGUGGAAGCUGAUUGCUACUGGUGUCUUUCAAAAUUGCUUGAUGGCAUGCAAGAUCAUUACACUUUUGCCCAACCAGGGAUUCAACGCCUUGUUUUCAAACUGAAGGAGUUGGUACGGCGGAUAGAUGAACCUGUUUCAAGACACAUGGAGGAACAAGGGCUGGAGUUUCUUCAGUUUGCUUUCCGCUGGUUUAACUGUCUUCUGAUACGUGAGAUACCUUUCCAUUUAGUUACACGUUUAUGGGAUACUUAUCUUGCGGAAGGAGAUGCCUUGCCAGAGUUUCUUGUGUACAUAUUUGCCAGCUUUCUUUUAACGUGGUCAGAUAAGCUCCAAAAGCUUGAUUUCCAAGAGAUGGUCAUGUUCCUCCAACACCUUCCUACAAUGAACUGGUCACACCAGGAACUGGAGAUGGUCCUCUCAAGAGCGUACAUGUGGCACACCAUGUUUGAAAGCUGUCCAAGUCACUUAGCUAACUAGAGCAAUUCAUCAUCAUGUAACCACCCAAGUAAGCUGAUUUUUCUGGUCUCUGUCUUUCUUUCGGAAGAAAUGGGUUUGUUUCCUCUUUUGUGUGUGUGUUUUCUCCCAUUUUUCCUUCCGUUUGUAGGAAGGAAAUCAGUGUUUCUUCUGUAUUCGUGAAUGUAUCUGUAUGUUACAACACUUAUCUCUGUAGACCUUUCCUCGAGUUCAGGAUUUUUUUUAAAGGAAAAAAUUAUAUGUAUAUAUAUAUUGAGAGAGCAACACCUUACCA